AUGGCUGCGUUGCAUAGUGUAUCCAAAACACCAGCGAUCAAGGAGGAGGAGGAGGACGGUGACGAGCGAGACGGCGGAGGGGUUUCCCUGGGACCCAGGAACCAUGACUACCGUGACAGGAAUGGCGAUGAAGAGAGCGGUGCUGAUACAGUGACGUCCCCUAUCACGUUUGAAAAGCAGAAGAUAGCGCCCAGAACGUCAACGCAUUCAGAACAGAGCAUAUUGAGCAGUAUCUCGCUGAAAUCGAUGGUAAAUCAACAUCGGCAGCAGCAGUUGCAGCAGGAGAGCUCAACAGGGACUGGUACCGGGUUCGUUGACAGAAAGCAGCAGAUCCAAUCGCCAGCGAUGGUAUCCAUAUUGAGGAAAAACUCUGCUGAGGAGAAUAUUCGCAGCAGCCACAGUAGCAAGCUCGGUGAAGAGAUGGCAGAUGGCAGGAAGGCUUCUAGUAGCAAGGAGAUCGGGAAGACGCUGCCAUUUACAGAUGACCAAAGAUCGAACCCUGAACUAGACCCUAGCAGUAGCAUGCCGGAUGUUAGCAGGGGCAAGAAUACGAAGAGCAAAGCUGUGUUCAAUGAGUUAGAAAACGAUUCCGAUGAGGACGACGAAGUUCGACAGAAGAACCUAACCACGCAGGCUUUACGGAAACUGUCGUCGUUCAAGAUGAAUGCUAGUUCUAAUUUGCGGUUGAGCAAGGAAAACAAGGCGAAAGAGUCUUCAUCCUCGUCCACGUCUUCCGCGUCUUCGUCGUCGGUGUCCAAAGCGGAAAACAUCGUGGACAAGCUGACCACGACGAACUCUAGCUCAAUGUCCCAGCUACGGUUUGGCAAGACCAACGUUAUCGUUGAUUCAAUGAAUCAUGCGGCCAAACCACCGAACCAGCAGAUGCUAAGGAAACCCUCGCUGGACUUUUUGCCACAACCUGCUUCGAGCACUAACCUGAAUUUCAACUCCAAUAAACAUAAAUCAAAUGUAAGACAGAUCAAUAACCCCAAAAAACCGCUGUACAUCCCUGCCGUACUGAGGAAAGUUUCAGAGACGAAUAUAACCAAUGACGAUCUGUUGAAUGCAACAUUGUCGUCUUACUACAAGAAGGCGUCUAACUUGGAACAUAACUUCAUUCCAAAUAGAUCGCAAUCUGCCAGCGUUCAGAACGCAAACAAUCUAAGAAUCAUAUCCUCUCAAUCCAGCGUACAAUCAAACACAUCGUCAAUCUUGGAAAGCUACAAAAACAAAAUAUCCUCGUAUUUGUUCCCGAAUUCUAUUCCGAACAGCGACCGAAUCAACUUAAUACCAACCAUCUCAAACAGAAAUUCUACCAGAGUGAACCCGCCCACUAAGGACCACUGGAUCCCAGAUAGCAAGAGAAAUUCAUGCCGCUACUGCCAUAAGCCUUUCACUCUAUGGGAGAGGAAACAUCAUUGCAGACACUGUGGGGACAUCUUUUGCCAAGACCAUCUGCGCCAUUGGCUGUACCUGGAUUCUCAAGCCAAUUUUAUAAUGAUCAAUGAACUAAACAACGGUGGCAUAAAUGGCGGCGGCACUUUGUGUAAAAUAUGCGAUGACUGCCUGGUCGAGUACGAGAAUCUUUCAACUACGAACCAUAAUCCGAACACGAAUGAGGAUGACAGAAACAUUGAAGAGGGUGAGGAAGAUGAUAAUGACAACAAGAAGAAUUUGCGUAAUUACUACAAAAAUAGGCAGAUGAACACUCUUUUCAGAACAAGGAAGGGUGGUUCAUCCCAAGAGCACGCUACGGUCGAUCGGGACUCGUCAACGCCCAUUCAGGUGAAAUCGAAUGAUGACGAAACAGAAAACGAUAAUACUGGGGGAGAACAAGAAGAAGGUAACGAUGUUCUGGGCAGUGUAAUCGGCUCCGUGCCUGCAAACUGGAACUGGAGUAGUUUCUGA